GACUACAAGGGCCAAAAAUUAGCAGAACAGAUUUUUCAAGGAAUCAUUCUUGUCUCUGCCAUAAUUGGUUUCAUCUAUGGCUACAUCAUUGAACAAUUUGGAUGGACUGUCUACAUAGUUAUGGCUGGAUUUGCUUUAUCAUGUUUGCUAACGCUCCCGCCGUGGCCUAUGUACCGCCGCAAUCCUCUGAAGUGGCUACCUGUCCAAGAGUCAGGAACAGAAGAAAAGAAGGCAGCAGACAGAAAGCCAAAGAGACAUGCUAAAAGCUAAAAACUGCGCUUCUUCAUGUU